AUGUGCCUGACUCUCCAGAAGUACUCACUUGAGAUAAAGUACAAGCCGGGAAACGAAAUGUUCAUUGCAGACGCCCUGUCUCGGUUGCCAUCGAAAAAGAAGGUGCCAGAGGAAGAAAACUUUCAAGUGAACGUCAUCCAAGAGCUGACAGUCUUUGCAGAAAGACUACAGCAGAUCAAGCGGGCAACGAACCAAUAUGAGAAUCUCCGUACCCUGAGGAAGUAUGCAAGCACGAAGUGGCCAGAAGACAAAAAUGCGGUCCCCGAACUAAUCCAGGCCUACUGGCCGUACCGUGAUGAGAUCCAUUCGGAAGACGACCUCAUCUUCCGAUCAAACAGGCUGAUCAUUCCCAGCACCACGAGGAACGAAAUCCUAGACCUCCUGCAUGCAGCCCAUGGGGGUACAGAGAAGAUGAAACAACGUGCCAGAGACGUCAUGUUUUGGCCUGGAAUGUCAGCAGACAUCCAAGAGAAAGCGGAAAGAUGUGCGCUCUGCAGACAACAGAAGCCCAGGAACCAACGGUUGCCGAUGAUGAGCCAUGAUGUCCCGGAACUGCCCUGGCAGACAGUUGGCAUGGACCUUUUCCACCAAGCAGGAGGAGAGUAUGUGAUCAUCGUGGACUUUUAUUCGUUUUAUUUCGAACUUCGACGCUUGAAACACACAACGGCAGAUGCUGUCAUAAAGUUCUGCCAAGAGGUCUUUGUUACGCUUGGUCUUCCCCACAAGCUGAUAAGUGACACUGGGCCACCGUUUAACAGCCACAAGUUUGCCGAAUUCAUGGAGCGCUGUGACAUCAUCCACGCGACAUCAAGUCCACACUUGAUGUCGCGGACCUUCCGUUCAAACGGAAUGGCCAAGCGAGCCGUACAAGAGGCAAAGAAGCUUCUGAGCAAGACUCGAUACGACACGGCAGGAUUCCACAGCGCCAUGUUGGAAUGGAGGCACAUGCCAAGAGACAGGCUCUUGCAGUCCCCAGUCCAGCGUCUGAUGAGAAGAAGGACAAGGACACUGCUGCCUACGCACCGCAAGCUUUUAGAGCCUGAGAUAGUGCCACCCCAGCAGGUGACUGCAAGGCUUAAGGAGAUACGCCAGCGCCAACAGACCUACUACAAUUAA